AUGAACGACGUCUCAAGGUAAGUUUGUUCACCAUUUUAAAGCAGCAUUUUAGUGAACCGGGUGCCCCGGAAUUUGACGGCUUCUGGGUGGACGUAACAGCUGAGGACGAAAUUCCAACACUACAAUCCAACGCCCUGGAAGCUGCAGCUGUUCCUGCGAGUUUUGUCGAAACAGAACCAGCCUUGGAUAUUAUCUCUUCCAAACAGAGUGCUGCAACGGAUUCCUCACUUCCGUACGUUUCAAAGGAAAUUCAACCAACUUCUUUCCUUUUUUCUUCUCAGGUCAAAACAUAACGUGUGGCACAUAUCGGCAGCACGAAUCUUCAGGCAAUUAAAGAAGACACUAGCUAGAGCAGCUCUCGAGAUUUCUGUCUGCCAUCAACAAACGUUUCAAUGUACAUCCUUGGAUGUAGAGUUCCGAAGGGCUUCACAACACUCACUGAUAAGGCAGCGCGUUUCACGCUCUAUUCGUAAAGCCUUCGGGUUUUUGCACUGGGUAAGAACUGUAUGGCGUUUCUGAUUUUGUUCUAGCGUACUGAUGUCUGUGUUGAGCUCCAUGAGACCCUACUGAAUACCCUGCCCUGCAACCUUCUUUCGGUAUACUUGGAGGGUUUUGGAUGUCUCUAUACCCAAAAGAAGGUAUUUUUUGCCUCAUAAACAACUUACAAGAUCUUAAACAAUCCGUAUAGGUUACUUGUCUUCUCGACAACUUGAACAGUUUAACAUUGUCGCAUCAGAAGAUACGACGAUUUCCUUAUGGAGAGUUUGUGGAUUGGAUUAAAGGAAAGGACUUAUCCACCUCCGUUCACUGUCAUUCCAAUCAGGCAUGUACACAUUAUGCGCCUAUCAUGCAUAUUAACGCUUCCUACUUUGACUUGGACGAGAGUCGCCAUGUCUAUUUUAAUUGCUUGGUUUUGUUCAGGCAACAGGAGGUUUAAGCUGAUGCCAAAUGUCUUGUUUUUUGGUUUAAUGUGCCACAAACCCUAGAUAAAGAUGGGAAGAAGUGCGUAGCCAAGCACUGUUACUGCCGACAGAGUGACAUUGUUCACGUUGCUCACCUUUAGAAGUGACCCUGAUCAAUCAUGGUUACAACCAUGCCAUGUAAUAAUGUACUUAGGAGACCAGGGAAGCGAAGUCAAAGGACAGAAUACUUUCAGCGAAACUUACAAGCAGUCUAUUCUUGUUAGGAGUGCUGAAUUGUUAGUGCUGCAGUGCGGUCGGUUUGUACGGUGACAGGUUGGCAUUAUUAACUUUAAAAUUCAUGAGUACAACAUGAUUUUUCCGAAGAAAACCUUGUUGAUCAUAUCAGCUCGAAAUAAAUGCCUCCUCGUUGUUAUAUAUGCACGUAUUAACUGGUAGAGGGUGCUCACCGGUCGAAUUACGUGACCUACUUUUCCCGUUGUGCCUUGAUCAAGAGGCACGUAGGCAGUCACACAGUGAUAAGUAAUAUGUAUAUAAUCAUAGGAAGGGCGUUUACUGAUAGAUUUACUUGACCUACUCGUCCCGUCCUACCUCAACUUAUUAGCCGUUAUCAGCCGGCCAUACCCAACCCUUGGUUCGGACCUCCUGGGAUCCUAACCUAGAAUCUUAGGUUAUUGUGUCAAACGCUCCACUGUUGAGCUACGGGCCCGUUGUCCUGUCGGCUAUGAUCGGAAAUAUUAACUUAUCACAGGAAAGUCGUCUGUCGAUCGGUUACGGGACACGAGCGUCCGGUUGAUCCUUGGGACUUAAUCUAGAGCCUUCGCAGGCAGUUACAUAAUGACUGGUACUAUAUGCGAGAAGGGGCUAACGGAAGAGACGAGGGAGACUGGAGUGGCCAUUGCUGGCUCAUUAGCCGUCUUCAUCCAACCAUAGCCAACCCCAUGUUGGGACCACCUGGAAUAUACUAUAUGUCUGUGGAGGGUGGAGGUAAGGCGAUCUCCCGGGUAGACAGUUUUCUCAUCUGACGUCCCGCUCUCGUACUUGCACGCAUCAUCACAGAUAGACAAAAUGCGGAAAUACAAGGUUUAAAUAAGUCCUCUGACUCCUCUCUGAUAACCUCGUAUGGCGCCGGUACGUCUAUCUUAUGGUUGUUCGAGUUGGGAUUAGAUUGCCGGGCCUCGAUUACUUCCAUUGACAUUGUGCUUUCUGCUCGACCGAGUAAUUGUGCGUGCUCAAUGGGGAAUUGCUGAUUAUCAGUAACCAUAAAUUCGAAAAUUUUAGAGGCUGUGCGUGCCGGCAUGCGAUCACAUAUCUUUUCGCUUUAUGGCUAGGCAUGAUCAUGCAUACGCAUUCUCAGUUGUUUGCCGUCCAGGUCACGAUAAGUGGCCCAGUUUUAGACAGCUGACGCGACGUAUGACUCCUGACGUGCCAUCAGGCCGUGGCCGACUCUCGAGCUGCAUGAACAAGCGGCGGAUAGAGACCUGCAGUAGAUUUCUAGGGCCCUUAGCCUGCGUUCCAUUCCUUCAGUGACGCCCCUCACGUACGAUAAGACACAAAUGACUUCAGGUCUUUGUCUUUGCUCUCCGUCGACCUCCUGUGAGGGUGUCCAUUGGAGGCAAAGAGGUGUUAUAUUGGCUUACGCUCAUGCAGUUUUUCGGCCCCUGUGCUGCAGCGUGUCGGUGUGCAGGGGUUGUUUCCGGAGGCUACCACGUUCAUGCGGCAGGAGGUGGUUUUCGUUGUAGUUGGGGAUUUCCACCGUGUUUGCUGCUUUUUGAAAGAUGCCAAUCUGGAGGACACAGUUUUCCUAUCUCUGCAUCUGGAGUCUUUUGUUAUCUUCAUUUUUGCGUGUCGCUUGCAAUGGGGCGAUAAAAUCCGCUGAAUGCCGACUCCAAAAACUGAAAUCGCCAUUGAGCUGCGUUUCUCGCUCUAUCCUGCGGACCACGGGUCGAGGGGCCGUUGUUGAUUUUGUCCCUCAGUGUUUUAUGGGGUCCGAAUUGACGAAUUUGUGUGCUUGGCUACAGUUUGGUGGCUCCUGAGCAUUACUACGCACUCAGACUUGUUCUCUCGAACAAUUAAAAUUUCCUCCCCCCACCUUUAAUUUUUUUUAGUGGCUGUCACUUCGGCCGCGCAGAUGGUUCGACGUGGCCCGUGUGGCAUAGUUCGUGAUAUUUCACAUAAUGGCCCCCUUGUAUAUCACCACGCGAUCAAGACUCGGCCCAGUAAUUACUUAGGAAUUAUUGAAUGGAGUAAAGCUACACUUGUCAUUUCGACCCCGCCCUUAUUGUUUUGAUCGAAAAGUUCUUUUUAGUUUAUGUUGGCUGACACAAAUUCUCCUCUUCCUUGUACUGAAAUUUUAGCAAUCAUUGUCCGAGCCAACGAAUGGAUUUUCUCCCAUCUCCUUGAUGCCGUCGAUACCGAUUUGCGAGAUUGGCUCCACUAUUGGUCGACAACCAUCUUCAUUGGCAGAUGCCGACGAUCCAAUUUUUGUCUGUGUAAUGCUUGCGAGCCAGGCUAAGAGCCUCCGCAUAGCGCGCUUAGUGCGUGACCUUUCGUGCCUUGGUCGUGUCGUCUCCCAACCCAUCCCCGAGGAUGCCUGUGAGACACCACGUUUGGGAAUGCGAUGUCUAAUUCAACGGCUUCUCGCCUUGGUACGCGCAGUUCUACUCGUCCUUUCUUGUUUUGCAGACAGAGAAAGUUAAAAGUGGCCUUCUUAGUUGCGCAUUGUUAGUAUGCGCAAUGCGCAGAGUCAAAUAGGCGAUUGCAGGAGUUCCGAACUACCAGAGACUAGUCUGUUCGGAUGACUUUUUGACUCCUGCAUUUUGGAUAAUUUAGGUAAAGCUAACUGACUAAUAAGUCCACUUUGACCUAUCUAUGAAAAACUCGGUGCCCCGGUGGGAUUUGGAGCCACUACAGCAAGGGGAGGCUUUAGUACAGUAAACGCCCUAACUAUCUGAGCUACGAGACCUCACCGGACUACGCGAGUUUAAUCAGAUUUGGGUCAGUUUUACCCGCCCAACCUACUGCAACGUCUGGAAUCCACCGAAUCCGACACAGUAAGCUCACCACCCAAGCAGGAUUUCCUAAGUAAUACAUCUAGAAUCCACCAGAUGACUACCAGGCUCACGUAAUUCAGAGGUGCUUUGGUAGAUUUCAUAUAAGUCACUUUGACCUAACUGUAAAAAACUCGAUGCCCCGGUGGGAUUUGGAGCCAUCACAGCAAGGGGAGGCUUUAGUACAGCCAACGCUCCAGUCACUUGAGCUACGAGGCCCCACCGGACGACCGGGAGACUACUAAGUGUCCGUGUUGAUUUGGGCGGAUCUGUGGCGAUCCAUCACGAAUCAACUACAUGACAAAAGUCUGCUGUUACAUAUGCAAAGUCGCUGUAGCUGUCUCCCUCAUCUCCGGGCCUGAGAGUAACGAGACUAACAUCGGAACUGUACUUAUUGUACUCGUAAUUAAUGGUACGAAAGACGAAAAAAACUCCUAUGAACGCGGAACUUUUAUCCCCCUCUUUGUCACCUGAAGUUCGCGCCAAUUGACGCCGUUUUUUGCAAGAAUUCGCACGUAUUUGCAGUUGCUUGUCAUCAAAAAUAUAGGCUAACUUGUACACUCAGCUGUCACUCUCCUAGCUGCCUGAUUUCAGUCUCGGACGUUGUCCUUUGGACGCGGAAAUAGUAUUAAUCCAGUUAGCUAUGAUUUCUAUCUUACGAAAUUAACUCAGGUCUCGGAGCCAUAUACCAUGCAAGGAUAUGUAAACUGUGAAAACUGAAUUGAGGGUGUGGGAAGACCGAGUGGAACAUACAAGUGGCUGACCACUGUCAUACUGCCAACGCUCAGGCACUGGGCACAAGCUACUGCCUUAAAACUGCGACUUAGGCUACCAGCCUGCAUGUCGUACAGGUGUUGACAGACUAGUAGAACUAAGUCGUGUAAAUGAUUAGUUAGAUGGAAGGAGUGAGCUGUUGUUAAUUUAUUCAUCGCAGGGGUAAAGGGCCAUUGACGGUAUAAUUUUAUCCAACCACAUUUGUCACAGAUGGACGAAAAUCGUCCGGUACCCAUCUACCUAGUCGGCUUUGGCAUCACCUGCCCUUUGAUGAUCACAGCGGCCCUCCAACUACCCGCCUCCUACAGCAACAGCGGACUCGAGAAAGUUCUCUGCGGCCGCCUGCUAGGAUUAGAAAGCCCUGCUCCAUCGCGCCCCUGGCUCAGUGGUCUUAUCUGUCUGGGCAUACCGCUUACCUUACCGACACAUCAGCUGGAGGUGUUGGCUGCAAUUGGCCGUCGCUGCUCAGUCCUCCUCCUUGUGGGGGGCCGUUCACGCUUUGGGGGUGAACAGGAGGCCUCUCGGUUCCGCGACUUUCUCAUUGCUGCUCGUCGGCGUGCGCCGCCGCCCUCGGAGGUGGGAACUAGUGGUGCAACUGGUGGCGAGGGCGCCAGCAUUAAGCCACACGAAUUCGAUCUGCAGCUCCUUAUCGUGGGUGGAGCGGAUCACCUUCUCCGACUCCAUACUUCCACUGCUCGCCGCUGGUCUACCACUCAAGCCGCCGUCGACUAUGCGCUGAUUGUAAGCGUUAGAAUGGAUGCCAUUUCUUGCAUUGAAAAACUAACUUCACCAGUCGAAUUCACCUACUUUUGACCUGCGAAAUUGACCUCGUGGAAUCCAUGCCUGGUUGAUCCGGGGUCCUCAGCCAAAAAGUUAUAGAUACUCAGUCUUGUCCUUUGUCAGUUUCACCCUCCUUUUUGUAUCAGGAGUAGCCUGGAAUGAGGGCUUAUUUUUUGUGGCCCAUUUUCGGUGGUAAGUCCCACAUCCGGUAUUUGACUAACGCUGAUGUUUGCAGUCCCACUAAAUGGGUUGUAGCAUACGUUUAUAAAAAAGAGCAAAACAUUUGCUGCGACAACCUUAUGCACUGGAUAGUUAGCUUGGAGUGUUUCUUUCGUUUGUAUCAACUGUCGCCUCGGAGUUGUCUAAAGCGGGUUAAGUAGGCCGAAACGAGGCCCUCAAAAAUACAAGGCGUGGAACGUCGGGAUUCGGAUUAAUCGAAGGAGGGGGAGAGCAAUUAAGAUCUUAGUGAGCGGAGUCUCAAGUAGGAGAAGGCACAGAAUCACGUUUCAGCAGUCCUUACGCCUGUGUAACUUUCCAAAGUUCACCCAUAGAGGAGUGAUAACUUUACACUAAAAUGGAAGUACACCGAUCUGACUGGCUUCUUAGAACGAAGUGGCUCCGCCCGCGAACGUCCAAGACGACCAAACAAAGGACGAUGGAGGGCAUGAAUAAGCCCGCCAGCACCCCCGCUACCCCCAGUCUACCUUGGGGUUUAUUGAUUAAGGUGGUCUACUGCGAUUUGCCCGUUUGGUGAGAAGGAGUGCAACGACACAUAGAUUGGUAUACUACAAAUGAGCAAACAGCAACUGGUGAUUACACCCUAAAGAAAAAUCGCAAAACUCUGGCACUCAUGAGUGGAGUCAUUUGCUUCGGAAUGUUUGUCCCGUGGUCGUCAACAGGUCUCUAAAGUCUGCGUACUCGACUUCACAGAGCCGGCCACAGAAGAGCACUGUACAUGGGAUAGUGAGUUUUAUUAUGAGCAUGCUGGGGAGAUUGUUCUAAAACAUGUAUUCCUUCUUUAGGUUGCUAUGAGGAACUUUGUGUACGCUUGUCGCAACCUAUCAUUCAGCAACUGUGACUCCGCGGAAACACAGUCCUCUUUUACGCCCGGCCUUAGAGCACCUCCGAUAUCUCCAUCGACCGGUUCUGUCCUUAAGAUGCAGCCUCGACAGGUGUAUGAACGCGGAAAUGGCACCUGGAGGCCUCCAUCAUGGGAACCGACCUCCGGCGCGUUAAUGCACGUCACGAAUCCCGUCCACUCGGGCCACGGCUACCAUCAACAAACAUCCAACCUCAUGUCACAGCUUUAUCGUCAGACCAAUUAUGAGAAGCUGCAGUCUUUCCGACAGAGGGCCCGCGAUCCAUCGGACGUCAGUGUUUCGUCAUCCACACGGGGAUCGCAUUUGGCUGAGAAACGGAACGUCCCUGGUGAGCCCUGUUUAAGAGGGUCCUUCUUCUACGUACCGGUCAUACGUACUGUUACUAUUAUGCAAAAAUGUUUGCAGGCAACCCACACUAGUUUUCAGUCUAAAUUGUGGUUUAGUGGUGUUAGGGAAGGGUCGUAUCCUUCGAUGUUUUUAACCGAAAACUGUUCCAUUGUCGGGUUUUUAAAGGCUGCCCAAGACUUUUCUACUACAAAUGAUGCUUUCUAGGGGUGUCGUGUGUUUAUUCUUGUAGGCAGAAAUCCCAACUGUGCAUUCGAGGAGUCUGAGAGGGUAUUGCUGCUGAGCAAUUUUCAACUACGAAUCUAAGUGCACGGUAGUCCUCAAUGUCCCUUGAGCAGUAGUGCUCUCCGAGCCGUUUAUAGAAAUUGUCUACCAAACCCCACGCUCUUGUCCUCUAAGUUUGGGCUAGUCACGGAAAGAAGGCGGUCUGUGCAUUUUACAGAGCUCCGACUUUAAUAAGAUUGGUAUUGAAAUAAUGAGGCUGUACAAGCUGUGUUAUUUUCCUUAUUUAUAGGUCGGCGUCUUGCAGGUCUGUAGCACAUCCUAAGCCGUUUUGACGCGAAUGCGCUAUCAACUCCGUUGUAAACAUUAGUCGCCAAAGAGAUGUGCAGCUGCGGCUUAUUUUGGAAAUUAGUCAGCAAACUUUUGCUAAGCUUAAAAGAAAUCGACAGAUACAUUGCUCAUGAAUCAUAUCCGCGGCUGGUGGUAACUUAAAAUUUCUAUCUAUCGCGCUAUCAGGCUUUGGCGUCUCAUCCUGGGAAGGCAUUUGUCCGCCGUCACAGCACAGAUAUCAACCACCAGCAUCGGAGCGGUACGGCGAAACAGCGAAGCGGAAGACCAGCGAGGGCUCACUGCUCGGCGCUAGGUCACGACCGAAUAAAAGGCUCAGGCGCCAGUCAACUCUUAUCUCGCAGACCAAGUCCUCACCGCCCCUCAAUGUGAGCCUCCGGGACCCGCCGUCUUUUGGCGCUCGCGAGACUGAGGGACGAGAUCCCUACGCCUUCGAGUGCGGCGGUGACGGCGACAGCGGGGAGGGAGAUCCUUUGUCGUCGCCGAGACGACAACCUGAGUCGUCAAGGUUCCCUUCGACUCUCACAUUCUCACAGGUGGAAAAAAGUGUCCCGGCGCCAUCACAAGAAUCCUUCUUCAGACCGAACACUCUUGAACAGACGCAAGACGGAGACUGGAUCACGGGUUCACCCAGCUACCUUCCUCGGCGCUAG